GCCGGAGCGAGCGAGCGAGCGGGCGGCCGGCCGGGCCGCCGCCAUGUCGGCGCGAGGCGGCGGCAGCGCGGCCGAGCUUGUGUGAGAGCUCCUGACCUACUGGCUGCUGUGAGCUCCGGAGCAAGAAAUCACAGGGCACUGCGUUGUUUCGAUGUUUUCACGGGGCAUCUGAUGUGGCUGGCCUGCCCGUCCUUGCUCAUCAGGAGAAGAAUAAGUAGAUAAAACCAUUACCAAGAUCUUCUGAGACUUGCUUUAGCCGAGAUCUAUGUGGAAGAGGGAGCGCAAAAUAGGAAGCGCGCUCUUGGUGGCUCACUCGCUCUCUGCCGCCUUCGCCUCGCGCUAGAAGCCCACCGGGGAGUCCUUCAUGCUACGCUGUGAGCUCUCCUGACGCAGAGAGAUAUAUCCAGUUGCAGGAAGCUGGAAGCAGUAGUUCUCUGAUGUGAGCAGCAUGAAUUGCCUGUUCUCCAGGGUGGUCUAAAGAUAGUUGCUGUUGCUUGGACUGAAGGACCACCAGUGGCCAACUGGUGCUCAUUCCGCAAAUGGAGGAGGAACCUGAUGAGCCACAAGAUGCGGUUUCCACUCGUGCAGCGGGACAGCAAACAGCUGAAUACUCAGAUGACUUUGAGAGUGACGAAGAUGCUGUGUUAAAUAGUACUGUGGAAGAACUUCCUGGAAGUAAUUCAAAUAUUGAAAACACUAAGAAAAUGGUUACUUUUGAGAGUUCUCUCUCAGCUGAAGAUUCUUCACAAAAAGUAGCUCUGUUGGAAAAUGAAGCUGCUGAUGACUUGACUCUACCAUUUCAUGAAGAGAAGUUUCAGCAAACAAUCAUGUUGGAAAGUGAAAACAUAUGGGAUGGCAAAAAAGAUAGUGAAGAGGAAUGUCUGGAAAAUCAAAACCAGGGUGAUGACAGAAAAAAUAAUGAGGAGCGUUCAACGGCGGAAGUACCACCACAUGAUAAUAGUGAGAGUGACCACUGUAAAGAUUUGUGUAUGCCUGAACUACAGAAGGGAAGAGAAGCGAUUACACUGAAUCAAGAGGAAAACAAACCAAUACCAAAGCAAAGAGUGCGCAAAAUAAGAAAUGCGUCCUCAUCAGCAGAGAGUAUCAGCAUUCCUUCAUUAGAUGACUGUUACAAACCAUCACCUCAACCAAGAAGUCUGCUGAGAAAAAGUGAUCCUGUGGAAGACAAUGAUCUUAAUAUGUCAGAAGAAAAAAUAACUUCUAGAAAUGAAUUGUCUUCAUUUUCAGCACCAUCAUCCCUAACUAGUCUGAAUGCAACAUCUGAGAAAAAAAAGUUUACUGAAAGCCCUGAUCCUGAAGUAAGAGCAAGAAUGGAGAAUCAAGAUCAGAGAGAGAAUAUCAGCAUCAGUGAUUUGAAACUGGAGGAUAAUACCGGAAAAUCCCCUUCUGUGAUAGAAAAAAUGAUGACCAUGGGGUACGAGAAAACAAGAAAAUUAGAGAAGUCAACAGAUAACAGUUCAGAAAGAAAGGUGCAAAUCGUGGAAGGGCAAAUAGUAACUGAUACGAUACGGGAUGUGUCAAUGGAUGAUAAAUCUGAACAUGUGGAGGUAAAGAACAUUUCAGAGGACUCUGACAAGAAACAAAGUGAAACUAAGGAGACUGUUCCACAAAAAAUGAAAGCAUCUUCAUCUGACAGGUCUCUGUCAUCUUCCCACAUAAAGAAAAAUGUGAAAGCUGUUCCUUCAUCUACAGCUGUUUCACCCCAACACUUGGGAACAUUAAAGGAAGAUAAGCGCUUGCAGAAGCACAGUGCAGAAAUUGGCAAAGCAGACAGUUUACGAGCCGCUGUUUACCAGGACUGGCUGGAAAAAAAAAGAGUCUUUCUACUGGAAUUAAAGAGAAUUAAAAAGAAACAAGCUGAAAAUCUCAGGAACAAUAUUGAAAAGAAAGAAGCUAUUAAAAGAGAAGAAGCAAUUGCAUCUUUUGAAGCCUGGAAAGCAAUGAAAGAAAGAGAAGCAAAGAAAUUAAGUGAAAAAAAGAAACUUGAGGAACUUGAGAAAAAGAGAGUAGCAGAACAGGAUGAGGAGAAAAGACAAGCAGCACAGAAGGCAUUCGAAAAAUGGAAAGAAAGGAAAGUAGAAUAUCUAAGAGAGCUAAGUAGAAGGGAGAAACAGUCUGAAAGAAUCAGGAAGAGAAAAGAAGAGGAAUUUGUUGAAGAAAAGAAGAGAGACAGCAUUUCCGCAGUUGAAAAAUGGAAUGAAAAAAAGGAGGAAUAUCUAAAACAAAAGAAGGUAGAAAAAAUACUAGAGAGAAGAAGGCAAGAAAUGCAACAGGUGAAGAAAGAAGAAAAAGAUAAAAGGGCUAUGGAAGAAUAUGAAAAAUGGCUGGAAAAGAAAGAGAGGAAAGAACAGCUUGAGAAGAAGCAAAAGAAGCUCAAGGCUGUCCUUGUGGAUGAAGCACCUUCUCCCUGGAGCCCACCUGGAAAAGUCACAUAUUCAAUAAAUUAUUGAGUAGUCUGCUGUCUUCUGUGGGGAAGGUUGAUUAAAGUGCUGACAAUGGAUAGUCGUUGUAUCAGUAACAGCUGAUUUUCACUAACUCUAUAAUGAAAGUUAUAAUCCUUUCUUUUUGGUUUAUUUAAUCUCUGGAGUUUAAAUAGAUCAGUUGUCGCUUUUCAUUACUUUUAGCAAAUAUGCUAAUUUCUUUAAUUCUAUAGUUCAGCUUAGUUACUUCAUUCCUUUUUUGGUGAAAGUGUGUUCAGGAUCUGUAAGACUGGACUCUGGCAUUCUCUCUCCCAGUAGGUAGCAGUUUACAUAGCAGAACAGUUCCGCUUGAGUCACUGGCAGCACAGUGCUAGUCAGCAUGACAGAACCUCUACUCAGAAUGAAUGGCCAUUUGCUCAGAAUCAGGAAAAAAUAUUUUUAAGUCUUCAUAAUCAGAAAAGGUUAUUUAGAGAUUUAUAAACAAUUAAAUGAUGAUUAGAAGAGGAUAAGCACAGUACCAAGAGCAUAAAUUAAAUACACAGUGCAAAGACAGCUGAGGCCUCACUCACUUAACAUGCAAUUUCUGAAAUGGAUGCAUCCCACGAGCAGUUUCUAUGCUUUGCUGUACUGUAAAGAACAGAUGACUUGUUUGAACUGCUUCCCUUUCCUCAUCUGCAAGUACAGUAACCAUGAGUUCAAACCACUGUUGAGUGGGGGUAGUUGAGAGGCAAAAGUAUCUCUGGUUCUUAUGCAGUAGGUAGGAAUGAAAAUUAAGUGUGGAAGCACUGCUGUGUGAAGGGAGGGAAGAUGGCAAAGGAGAUGGUGGUUGUCUUGUUGCAGUUGAAAGACAACAAUACUCGAGCAGUAUGAUAGAAUACCUUUCCAGAGUCAAGCAACUAGCUACACAGAACACAUUUAAUUCUUAUUUUACGCUAUGAAAUGUAAAAAUUAUUUUCAAUUAAAACUGCAUGAUUUGUCUUUUAAGCAAAAUACAGCAGUCAAAACAUGCAGCCAUGUAGUGGCACAAAUGAAUUAAACUGGGGCCCACAUAAUGGAAAAUGGUUCAGGACUCCAACUAUAGCUAUUAAUCCCUUUUCAGGUCUUCAUUUACAUGCCCCUUUUUCCCAUUUCCUUCAGGAAACAGCUAUUUUAGAAGCAUAUUUUGCAGUUCACAUAAAACCUUACAUAAAUCUGCAAGAACAAAACACUGUUCCUUUUAUGAGGCAGCCUUUGACACUUAAAAUGAUUUCUUGGGACUUAAGAGUUCUGUUGUGUUUGUAUCCUAUCAAAUAAACCCCUCCUAAACAUGUUUUUGCUAUUGCUAAUGAGCUAGUUGCUGUAGAAAGUUAUUAAAAUUCUUUCAGUCUUUUCAUGGCUAUUUGCCUCACUGGAAACAGCAAGGCUACAGAGCUACUACUUUGAAGUGAGCUGUUUGCCUACUGUCUAAACUCAAGCUGUUGCUGAUUUGUAUAUUUCCCUAUUUGAAUGUUAAUAAUCACUCCAGAUUUGUUCCUCAGUAUGUAUUGAAAAAAAAAUCUAUCCCUUAAAUUACAGAUGUAUUUUUUCAGAUGAGUCCAUUUCCCAUAGAAGCUUUCAAGGGUGAAGAUAACCAGCUAGAGCAGCUUCAGUGACCAACCAAAGAGGAAGAGUAAAAUUGCAGGUACCAGCGGGAGAGACAGCAGAAUUACUGUACUGGCAGAAUACAACAGAACUUUUACCAACUCAAAAGCAACCUAUUCAAAUUUUCUGGAAACAAGUUGAACACUCACAGGCAUUGAGGCUAGAGCAGCCACAUGCAUCAUAUAUCCACUUAAGCUUCUAGCACUAGAAGCCUUAAAUUCAGGCUUAGUGCCUCAGGAAACUGUGGCUGAAAUUUCAUGGGAGGAUGCAAGGUAUAGCAGACAGUUCCAUGUACAGCUAUCAACAGACCAGAGGAGUCUGAAGCAAAUCAUGCAGUCGCACAUGAAACUUGGAAUGCCAAGUUACCAAGCUCUUUACUUUUGUGCACUCCAGCUAGAGCAAGUAAGGCAGGUCCCUGUGCUGACAGACUUAUAGUUGAGACUUGCAGGUGCAAAUGAAAAUAAUGGUAAAGGCAGUAGCAGAGAUGCAGAAGGGUUUGUGACAUGCCUGUUCCUAAACUGGAUUAUGCAUCCUUAUUCUCUUACGGCCUUUAAAGGCUAGAAAAUUUUUGACAGAAGUGGGAAGAUGCUGGUCAUGAGAUGCUGAUCAGAGUGAGAUAUCUAAAACUUAUAUAAAUUCACACCUCCUCAGUUAGAUGCUGAAGAUCUGUAGACAUGCAAAAGCAGUUGAUACAACUGUUUACAAUAAAACUUUCAGAGCUUUGUCUAAUUUUACAUUGUGAAAACUUAGACAUGUUAAAGCAUGAUGCAAGCCUUGCAUAAAAAAUAAACCUGAGAAAUACAUAUGUGCAUUAACAUUAAAAAAGUACACUUACCCAUUUGAGUAAUUCCUGUUAAUGUAUUUGAUGACAG